UCAAAAAAGGAGUAAAAGCUCCUGAAUAUGUGUGGGUAUUUUUUGGCUGGUAUAGAGCAAAGUGGUAUGAAGAUGUUACUGAUGAAAUGGUGAGCUGUUCUGUUGACGACAUGAAGAAGGCAGUCGAUGGCCAUUUUACUCUGGAUUUUAUUAAAUUUCGACAAGAUCGUGAUACAAUGACAGAAAUUGGAAAGACAGUUCAAGAAGUAUACAUGGCAUUUCAAGAAAAGGGGAUGUCGCUAGAGAAUAGAUCAUUUGAUCAGUAUCAAGCCUAUGGAUAUGAUGCUGUUUUGUUCAUUGCACUAAUACUAGAUAAGUUAAAUAAGAGUACAAGUAGUAAUCAUUCACCGUUUUCAUUGGAGGAAUUACCAAAUGAAGUCGCUGGUGAAGGAGUGACUGGCAAACUUGUGCUUUCUAAUAGAACAAUAAUGACACAGAGGAAUGUUGAAAUUCGAUAUGUGCAAACCAAAGAUGGAGAAGUGUCAACAGUAGUGUAUUACUAUAAUGGGACUGAAAAUCUAACUGAAAUUUUUCAACCUAACUGGACAACUGAAGAUGGAAAGAGACCUCUUGAUGUUCCUCGAAAUGAAACAAAAUAUUUUCAUAAAGGGUAUUACAUAUUUCCUGCUACAGUUGCUGUCAUUGGAGUUUUUGGUGCUGUUGGAAUGCUGGUUUUCAAUGAGUACAAUCGAGACAAGCGAAUCAUCAAACUGUCCAGCCCUAGACUCAACAAUCUUAUUGCAGUGGGAGCUAUUACCAUAUAUGUGGCUGUCAUCUUUGGUGGAUUAGAUGGACAGUUUUUUCCAAUCACCACCAACACUUUGUUUUGCUGCUAUAUGUAUGUAUCGCUUUUGGUGUUUGGUUUUACACUCUGUUUUGGAAGCAUGUUUGCCAAAACAUGGCGAGUUAACGUGGUGAUGAAGCGCUCAAGAAUGGGUCGAACAAACUUCAAAUUGACAGAUCAAGUGCUGUUUGCUAUUGUUGGUGUGUUUAUACUUGUUGAUGCAUUGCUACUUGGUCUUUGGUUUGGUAUUAAUCCAUUCCAUGUAACGAAAUCUAUUGCUGAGAGUGAAGGUAUAUCAAAUGAGCAACAUAUCUAUGUUCGCUGCAGUAGCGAGCAUUCAAGUCGAUGGGCUUACAUCAUUCUUGCAUACAAAGCCAUUGUGUUAGCAUUUGGGGUACUCAUGGCUUGGGAAACAAGAAAAGUGCAAAUUGUUUCACUUAAUGAUUCACGAUAUAUUACCAUGUCAGUUUACAACACAGUUGUGUUGUGCAUUUUGGCAUUUGCAUUUCAUUUUAUUCCAACUCAACAUGUUCAGUAUUUGUUGGUUUCCAUGAUUAUCAUUAUUAUCGUCACUGUGGUACUUUGUCUUGUGUUUGUACCAAAAAUUUACAAAUUGGUUACCAAAGGAGAUUCUGAUGUUAGACAUGGUGGUCAUAUUAUUAACACAGAAAGGAAAAGUAGUUCUGAACACACCAUUGCUAAAAAGUCAGAAAUCAAAGACCUUGAAUAUCAGAACUUCAAACAGAAGCAGAUCAUCAGGAGGCUUCUCGAAGAGAAGAACCUCAGUGAUGAAACAAUAGCUAGUGUUCAGCAACAACUUUCUUUGAACUCUCACGUAACUGCUGCUAGCAAUGACGUUGAACUGGAACUGAUGAAGCCGAACAGUGGAACUGUUAGCCUUCCAGGCACUUCAACUGAAAUAAAUGAGACAUCAGGCAGAUAGAUACGCUAGAUUUGAAUUAGUGAUUUAUUAUUAUUGCUAAAGAUAUUAGAGAACGUGCUAUACAGACACUGUUAUUGCACUGCAGCAUUAUAUCUUUUGAAGGUUAGUGUAAUUCUGUAGCUGUAGGAAUGUGUUUAGAAAGUAACUUUAUAAAUAUGUUACAUGUGUACGUGUACGUACGUACAUAGUACACGUAGUGCUGCAGUAAGGUACAUUAUUACACUACUACGUAUGAACAGUAUGUACAUUCCGCGCUUUUGAUUUAUGGUGAC